UCUCUCUCCCUCUCUCUCUCUCUCGGGAGUUCUGUCUCUGUAUCUAUAUAUAUAUAUAUAUAUAUACACAUAUCUCUCUCCCCCUCUAUCUCUAUAUAAAUUUAUAUACUUUAUUAUGUUUGUAUAUUUUCACACACUCACACACACAUAAUUACAUAUCUCCCUCAUUCUCCCCCUCACCCUCCCCUUCUUUCUCUCUCGGGCUCUCUCCCUCUCUGGCUCUCGCUCGCUCUCUCUCUGCCUGCCUGCCUGCCUGCCUGGGUGUGCCUCUCUCUCCAUGCCUUAGUAAAUCCGUUUUCAUGGCGCUUCGCUGCGUUCAUUCAUCGUUUCUGUUGUUGGGUACGCUCCGAAUUACAAUCUUUUCUAGACUGCUGCACGAGCGAUAGCAAGAUAGACUCAUGAAACGAGCCAGACUCUUCUGAGUUUUAGGUUCAUGAGUUAGGGCAGCCUGGAUUCUUGGGAGAGUUUAUUUUGGGCUGGGGUCCGCGGUUUUCUUGGAUUGUUCUUCAGAUGUGCUUGGAAUAAGUCUAGAAUUCCUUGGUUUCUUUCAUCAUCGGAGAUGAAUUGGGUGGCGUAAGUUUAGUUUGAUGUAGAAUUUUAGUCUACAAUGUGUUUGCGAACUUGUGUGAUCAUCGUGCACGUAAUGUUGUGAGGAGAGUGGUUGUUAGGUGGUGGGAUAUAUGCUACUUUGGAGGUAGGUGCAAGUUGAUCUCGACGUUCUGUAGUUGGACACCUAGUGUUCGGGUCUUUGCAGGGCUUUCCAUCACGACAGUAGCUUGAAAUCAGCGAGGAAUUGUUUGGUUCUUGGCUAUCUGGACUAGUUGAUAUCCUCAAGAAACUGGAGUCGAGCACCAUUCGCUUCUCAUUGGCAUUGAAAACGACGUGAUUACACGAAUUGAGCUAGAGAUUCCUCGACAACAAUGAUUGAAUCAUCUCAAAACGGUCUGGGCACUACGAGUUUGCUGCUUUCUUAUGCCAGUAGGGGAGAUGUGACGGCAAUUAAGGAGCUUUUAGACGAUGGUGCUGUCGUGAACGCUUCAGACUAUGACGGGAGAACAGCUCUUCAUCUGGCCGCAAGUGAGGGUCAUGUACCGGUGGUGGAGUUGCUUCUCCAGCGUGGGGCUGAUGUCAACCCUGUAGAUCGCUGGGGUGAUACUCCUCUGGCAGAUGCUCGGAAAUAUACGAAAGGUGUUGUGGUUAAGCUGCUUGAGCAACAUGGCGGAAGGAUCGAGGAUAAGAAGAAGCAAGGAUUUUCAUAUGAUGAUAUAUCGGCUCAAUAUGAAAUCGACCGUUCUGAGUUGGAGCCAAUGGACCAUAUACCUCCACUUUGCCAGACACCCAAUGAAGAAUUCCGUGUAGUUAACUGGCGCGGCACAAAAGUGGUUGCAAGGAUGUUGUUGUCGCCUUUAACGAAAGAUCCUGAAUUUCUCACCAAGCUCAAAGUAGAGCUUCUGAUGCUGGAACGAUUGCGCCACCCAAAUAUUUUGCAGUUUCUAGGUGCUGUUACAAAAACAUGGCCCCCGGUAGUUGUAACCGAGUACCUACCGCGGGGUGAUUUGUAUUCACUUAUGUCCAACUCCCGACUGUCUCCAAAGCUAGCACAAGGGUUUGCUCUUGAUAUCGCUAGAGGCAUCAACUACCUACAUGAACACAAAGACUCCAUUAUACACGGAAAUCUGAGACCUAGGAAUCUGCUGCAGAAUGAAGCAGGCCAAUUGAAAGUGUCAGACUUUGGACUGCUAGGAAGCAGAUCGUAUGCAAAUGGAUCUGAAGGUGGAUGUUAUGAAUACAUGGCCCCAGAAGUUUAUCGGAAUGAACCAUUUGACAAGAGUAUAGAUACGUUCGCCUUCAGUCUAAUAAUAUACGAGAUGUACGAGGGUUUACAAAAUAUGGACGGCAACCCAGAAGCGGUCGCAAGGAGACGAGCUAUUGAUCAUGAGCGUCCAAGUUUCAGGGCAACAUCUUAUCCCACUGGCAUGCGAGAGCUAAUUGCAGCAUGCUGGCACAAAGAGCCCGCCAAGCGUCCACCAUUUUCUGAAGUAAUAAGACAGCUCGAAGAUAUGAAGUCCAGUCACAGCAGUGCCAAAAUAGUGCAAAAAUGUCAAUGUGUUAUUCUCUAGAUUGAAAAUGUAACAUGGUCAUUUCUGUCAGCUCAGAACUUCAUAAUAAAUCUAGCUCAUUCUUUUGUGGUUUAAUACACAUGGUUCAUUUCAAUAAUAAUCACUACGAAAAGCUGGGUAAAGUAUAUUUUAGAAAUCAGAAGUGUACUCCUGUUUGAUAUUGGCUCUAAAACAAACCAGCAUGUGUUCCCACAACAUGCGGAAUUUAUCUGGGUGCA